AUGCGGACAUUACUGCCAAAAGAAAUCAGCAAUCAGAGUAUUCAGAAUCCGCAAGAAAGUUACAAGUGUAAGCAAUAUGAGAAAGCCUUUACUAACUCAACCAGUCUAAGUAGACACAGGAAAAUUCAUUCAGGAUGGAAACCUUUCAAAUGUACAGAGUGUGGCAACACCCUUAAUCAGAAUUCAGAGCUUAGUCAAGAUCAGCAAGUCCACACUGGCAAGAAACUUUAUGAAUGUAAAGAAUGUGGAAAAGCAUUUAUGUCUUCCUCAAACCUUAGUCGACACCAGCGAAUUCACACUGGGGAGAAGCCUUAUAAAUGUACAAAGUGUGGCAAAGCCUUUAAUCAGAAGUCACGUCUUACUGAACACCAGAGAAUUCAUACUGGGGAGAAGCCUUAUAAAUGUAAGGAUUGUGGCAAAGAAUUUAACAGGCGCUCAGGGCUUACUUGCCAUCAGAGAAUUCACACUGGAGAGAAGCUUUAUAAAUGUAAAGAAUGCAGAAAAGCCUUCAGUCACCACUCAAGUCUUAUUCAACCCCAGCGAAUUAACACUAGGGAGAAGCAUUAUAAAUGUACAAAGUGUGGCAAAGCUUUUAAUCAGAAGUCACAUCUUAUUCAACACCAGAGAAUUCAUACUGGGGAGAAGCCUUAUAAAUGUAAGGAUUGUGGCAAAGACUUUAGCAGGCACUCAGGUCUUACUUACCAUCAGAGAAUUCAUACUGGAGAAAAACCUUAUAAAUGUAAGGAUUGUGGCAAAGACUUUAUCAGGCACUCAGGUCUUACUUACCAUCGGAGAAUUCAUACUGGAGAAAAACCUUAUAAAUGUAAGGAAUGUGGAAACGACUUCAGACACCAGUCAACUCUUACUCAACACCAGCGAAUUCAUACUGGGGAGAGGCCUUAUAAAUGUAAGGAUUGUGGCAAAGACUUUAGCAGGCACUCAGGUCUUACUUACCAUCAGAGAAUUCAUACUGGAGAAAAACCUUAUAAAUGUAAAGAAUGUGGAAAAGCCUUCAGGGACCAGUCAACUCUUGCUCAACACCAGCGAAUUCAUACUGGAGAGAAACCUUACAAGUGCAAAGAAUGUGGAAAAGCCUACAUCAAGCACUCACGUCUUACUCAACAUCAGAGAAUUCAUACUGGAGAAAAACCUUACAAAUGUAAGGAAAGUGGCAAAGGCUUUAAUCAGAGCUCUCACCUUACUAGACAUCAGAUACGGGACUCCCAGGCCCCGCAGAGCCAGCCCCCCGCAAAGGGGAAAUGUGCCGGCGCGCCAGCGGUCCUCAGCGCUGUUUGGGGCGCGUGGCGGGCGCGGGGGGCGGCGGCCGAGGCAGCUGGACGCCUGGCGGAGGAGCUCAGAGAGCCAGGCAGCGGCCCGGCGCGGCGGCGGGGAGCAGGAAGGCCCGGGCUGGGGGGAAAGGUCGGAUUUGCUCGGCGGAAGAAACACAGAUGGCGGCGGCGCGGCGCCAUUCUGGGCCGGGAGCAGGCAGCCAGCAGCCCUGUCCUCACCGCGGUCCGCCCGCCGCCGCUAAAUACCCGGAUGCGCCGCCCGAGCGCCAGACGCGGAGCUGGGAAAAGGGAGGCAGAAGAGGAGGAGGCGGAGGCAGAGCCGGGCGCCGAGACCGACCGACAGACUGGCGGGGCUGGGCCACGCAGACACGGCCCAGUGAGCCCUCCCCGCGACCCGAGCCGGGGCCCCGAGAGCCGGCCUCUGGACUGGCCUGGGAGCCAGAGGCUCUAG